GGGGGUGAGAAUGCGUCAUAACCACUGAGCCUUUCCGAAACGUUCUGGCGUGCGCCACAUAUCGCGUGAGGGAGGGCAGGGAGUGGCGGCAGUUCAUCCCCUCCCCGACCGCGCCGCCGGCCCACCACCGACCGCUUGCCUCUUGCAUAUCAGAAAGGCCCGCGCGCUCCUUUUCCCUCUCUUUUUACUCGCUUUGUUUUUAUCUUGCUCUCAAAUGCCUCCGUCCCGGCCCGACUUGUUGCUACUGGCGCAAGCUUGUGGCAAGCCCCACAUCAUCAGAGAGUGCAUUUCGUACGCCGAGCAGCGCUGAGCGGCAGGGACAUCAGCGCAGCGGGGGCAGUGCGGCCGCGGCCAUGGCGACCCCGGGGUGCGUCGACAUACCGUGAGGCGUUCGUGCAGUCAUAUGAAGACGCCAUGGAGCCCUGCGUUAGUUGCGAUGGUGCUGAUGUCGGGUGUGCACGCCUCCCCGGCGCUCCCAGCCUGGGCCCGCGAUUUCGCCCCGAGCGACAUCGACGCGUUCAACGACCUCGGCGUCAACCUCACCGAUGUCGAGAAGGACCUCAAGGACUACAAGAAUAACCUGAGGCUGCAGGGGCUCAAGGACGAGGUGGACGACGGCGGCAAGGGGGCUGUGCGGACCACCGCCGAGCGGCUCAAGAACAACAUCACCUCGGCGGCGCGGCGCUUCAUGGACCCGGCUGCCUUCAUGACCACGGUGAGUAGAGAGAGAGAGCACGUGAAUGACGACGGCUGUUGACACUGUUGUGUGUGCGUCCACCGUAUCGCUGCGUGGCACUAGAGCGGCGGUAAUGUUCCGAUCGGCUAAUGAAAUCAUGGUGCUGCCGCUGCCGUGCACUUCCGUUUACUACCGUGUAGACCGCGAGCGAGUACUGGUGCGCGGGUCAGUGCGCGGUCGGCAGGUUGGCCCUGGAGUCAACGACUCUUGCGGGGGUGGAGGGGAGGCCAGUGCACUCCGCCCGGCCCCCGCGCCACGACCCAUGCGCCUCUUCUUUUUCCGCUGUUUUCGAGGGAACGCACCGCCACCUUGCGCCAGAAAGGGUUAGUCGGCCGGACCGACGUCAUGCAGUCAUGAACGCCUUCCUAAGCUCGGUCAUGAACCCCUCUGAAUAAGCGCCUCUGUGGCGAUAAGGGUGCAAGUGAUAAGCGCAGUUUAAUCGCCUCAAAAAUUUUUGUCCCACGCCCCUCCUCAGAGAGUGCGCUUUUAAACGCUCGGUGCGUUAGUUGAUUCAAGCGGGGCGUGGAGCGUGCCGGGAUCUAGUCCAGU